AAACUCCCGACCUGGCCUUGUAAAGCCGGCACUUUUAGAUAAUGGCCAUGAUUUUCACGAGGAAAACGCUAAAGCUGCUCAAUUACCGCCUGAAAUGCCUGACUCUAGCCAGUUCCGGUGGAAAGAGACGUAUCCAGAGCAGCUCCAAUGGAGAAGCGCCCUCCGUGGAGGUGAACUUCAGCAAUGGACGUAACAUGACCUUCAGUUCCGGCCGCCUGGCGAGAUUCGCCAAUGGAACGGCCGUCUGCCAGAUGGGCGACACCGCCGUCAUGGUCACGGCGGUGGCCAAGGCGAAGCCCAACCCCGGCCAGGGCUUCAUGCCGCUGGUGGUGGACUACCGGCUGAAGAACGCCGCCUCCGGCAGGAUACCCAUGAACUUUAUGCGCCGCGAACUGGGUCCCUCGGAGAAGGAGAUCCUCUCGGCCCGCCUGAUUGACCGCUCGCUGCGCCCGCUCUUCCACAAGGACUACCGCACGGAGACGCAGCUGGUGUGCAACAUGCUGGCCAUGGACGCGGUGCACAGCCCCGAUGUGCUGGCCAUCAAUGCCGCCUCCAUGGCGCUGUCCCUGAGCGAUAUUCCCUGGAACGGACCCAUCGGAGCAGUGCGCGUUGGCCUCUGCGACGGCGAGGUGCUGAUCAACCCCACGCGCCGCGAGCUGCAGUCCUCGCAGCUCGAUCUCGUGGUCUCGGCCACCAAACAGAACCUGGUGGUCAUGCUGGAGGGCAGGGGCAACGUGGUGCUGCAGCAGGACCUGCUCAAGGCCAUCAAGCAGGGCACCCGGGAGGCCCAGUUCAUCAUCCACGAGAUCGAGCGGCUGCAGAAGGCCUACGGCAGGCAAAAGCGCGAAGUGGAAUCCUCGGACGAACCCGAUCCUGAACUGGAGCAGGCUGUGAGGAGCAUGUGUGAGAUGCGGCUGCGGGAGAUCUUCCAGGAUGCGCAGCACGACAAGAUCUCGCGCGACACGGCGGUGAAUGAGGUGCGCUCGAAUGUGAUUGACAAGGUGUGGAGUUCCUUUCCGGACACGGAACCCUCGCAGAUCGGCGAGCUGUUCAACCAGGCCAGUAGGAGCAUCUUCCGGGAGCUGAUCUUCGAGCGGGGACUGCGCUGCGAUGGAAGGGAUUACGACCAGCUGAGGAACAUCUCCUGCCAGGUGGACAUGUACAGGCCGCUCCACGGAUCCGCUUUGUUCCAGCGCGGCCAGACGCAGGUCUUCUGCACGGUCAGCCUGGAUUCGCCGGAGAGCGCGAUGAAACUGGAUUCGCUGGCCGCCUUGGAAAGCGGCGGCCUGAAGGCCAAGAACUUCAUGCUGCACUACGAGUUUCCCCCAUAUGCCACCGGGGAAGUGGGUAGGAUUGGGCCAGUGGGUCGGAGAGAACUAGGCCACGGCGCUUUGGCCGAGCGAUCCCUGCUGCCCACCCUGCCCAACGACUAUCCCUUCACCGUGCGCCUCACCUCCGAGGUGCUGGAGUCCAACGGGAGCAGCAGCAUGGCCAGCGUUUGUGGCGGCUCCCUUGCUUUAAUGGACGCCGGCGUGCCGGUGAGUGCUCCUGCUGCCGGCGUGGCCAUCGGCCUGGUCACCAAGUUCGAGAACGAGGACACCAAGCACCUGCAGGACUACCGCAUCCUCACCGACAUCCUGGGCAUCGAGGACUACAUGGGCGACAUGGACAUGAAGGUGGCGGGCACCAGGAAGGGCUUCACCGCCAUCCAGGCGGACUUAAAGAUUCCUGGAAUCCCACUGAAAGUGGUCAUGGAAUCGCUGCAAAAGGCCACGGAUGCAAAGUCAAAGAUUCUGGACAUCAUGGGCGAGGCCAUCAGGGAGCCAAGGAAAUACCCCAAAGACAGCUGGCCCGUGAGCGAAACCCUGACGGUGGAGCCACAGCAGCGGGCGCAGUUGAUCGGUCCCAGUGGCCUGCACAUGAAAAGGAUCUAUUUAGAAACGGGCACCUCGCUCACCGCCGCCGACGAGACCCACUUCAAUGUGUUCGCUCCUUCGCAGGCCGCCAUGGACGAGGCCAAGGAGCUGAUCGAGGGCUACAUGGUCAGGGAACGAGUGCCGGACCUCGAGUUCGGCGGAAUCUACACUGCCAAAAUCACGGAGCUGCGGGACACCGGGGUGAUGGUCAUCCUGUAUCCCAGCAUGCCGCCCGCCCUGCUGCACAAUUCGCAGCUGGACCAGCGCAAGAUAGCCCAUCCUUCGGCUUUGAAUUUGGAGGUGGGUCAGGAGAUCCAGGUCAAGUACUUCGGGCGCGAUCCCGUCUCCGGCUUCAUGCGCCUCUCGCGAAAGGUUCUCCAGGGACCCGCCGUCGCGAUUCCCCGUUCGCUUAACAAAUCCGCCGGGGAAAGCGGAACGUGAGAGGAUCAGGAUAAACUAUGUACAGUUCUCGGUUGUUAUGUUCUUCCCCGCCGGAAGACACACUUUCAAAUCAUGCAACUUUAUUGUAGGCUAAAAAAUUUCGUGUUUAAAACUUGUACGUGUAUAAAAAAUAUUGAUGAAGA